GACUAACUUAACAUUUUGCGUCCAGUAGAGUUUGUUUCUACUUGUUCCGCUACGCUUUUCUAAAAAAAGACUCAUUAACACAUACCAAAGAUGUGCCAGUGAUUCUACUAGAGAUCAAGCUGUUUUGUUAACUCCAAUAUGAAGGAAACACGAAUUAAAGUUAUUCUUGGUGUUCUCCUGAUGUUGUACCUCAUCAAAGAUACCUCGACGACUUUACAAACAGCGCCAGGAGAGCUAGCAAAAAAACUGGCAGAAUUGGCGAUCAAUGGUUUAGGAACAAGCGAAAUGCAGGGAUACUAUGACAAGCUGACAUUCAAGAGCCUGGACCUUAAUGGAAACAGUAUACUGAAUGACCUUGCUACACGGUUCGCUAACAAACUACAGACAAAGGUUACGAUAGCGAGAAAGAUUAAGGAUGCGGUGGAAGUAUCUUACGCAAAGUCAGCCACCGUCACAAGUCGCACAGAAUGCUGCAAAGCAGACACUAGAUGGCUGAAAUACGACUCAAGGUUCAGAACUAAAGUAAAUUUGGAUGAAAUGUGCGUGAUCAUCUCCGGUGCUGCAUCUUCUAAUCCCAAACAACUACAAGAUAAUGUCCUCCAAACCAUGAAACAGAACAUUGAGAACAACCCGACACUGACAUGGCAGUACUUUGGCUCAGAAGAAGGAUUGUACACCAACUACCCAAUGAUAAGAGACUCAUCAAGCUGCUCUUCGUAUGACCCACGCUACAGACCUUGGUACGUGGAGGCGGCGAGUCCGCAGCCCAAGGACGUGAUUCUUGUAGUGGAUUACAGUGGAUCAAUGGGUGGCUCUCGGUUGCCGAUCGCUAAAGAGGCUGCCAAGACUGUACUAGACACGCUGAAUCCACGUGACAGGGUAGCAUUUCUCGCUUUCGAGUCUGGUGUCCGGCGAGUCAAAGUGACCAGUGGUGACGCUAAGGAUGAGAAGUGCUUCGAAUCCAGCCUGGCAAAAGCGUCCCCUGUCAACAUAGACAUCCUGAAGAAGUUUUUGGAUGGAGAGUAUGCCAGCGGUGGUACAAUGUACGCCGUUGCAUUUAACGCUGCCUUUGACAUCUUGGACAAGUACUACAAAGAAAAAAAUACCACAAGACGACCCGUGAUACUCUUCAUGACGGACGGGGCGCCUAAUGAUGACCCUGGGACCAUACUAAACACCGUGAAGAUGCGCAACCAGGGCUUAUCCACCAAGGCAGACAUCUUGACGUUUGGUAUGGGCGGUGGUAUUAGUCCUGCUGGGGUAGAUUUAUUGCAGAGCCUGGCAGAGCAAACAAUUGACGGGGGCGCGGUUGGAAGAUACACCCCUGUAACAGACGUGUCUAACCUCCGUAACCGUAUGGCUACCUACUACUCUGCGUUCUCAAGGAAGGAAGACGACAAACCAAUUUUCUCGGUUCCAUACGUAGAUACUUUGGGACUAGGCCUUUUGACCAGCAUAACUUUCCCCUGUUAUCACCAAGGAAAGUUUAUUGGCGUUGCCGGCACUGACGUGGUGAUGUCCGAGCUUCUCGCUGACGUCACAUACUUCAAUCAAGGCCAGGCCUCGUACGCGUUUGUGGCGGACAGUUCGGGUCGUACCAUGAUGCACCCUCUUCUCCCCAAGCCGUCAGAUCCUUAUCAAGCGCCGUUCUUUUUGGACAUACGGGACCUAGAGCCAGAGGGGAACUUCUCAGAUAUUAUUUUCUCGGGAAUCAAAAGCCAAACACCAGGAUCUCUGUUCCUCACCUCAUCCCGGUUCCUUGCGCGCGGUGGCUCAAUUUACGACGGCGUCACAACAAAAGCUAUCCCUUCUAUGUACUACUGGAAGCCGAUACCCGAUACAAACUUCACGCUAGGCAUUGUGGUUAAAAAAGACGUUAAGAACUAUAUCACAGACGCUGUGAAAAAACCCGAAGGUUUCAAGUUUGUGUAUCAUCGACUUGACCUCAGCCUUCCUACCACUACAUGUCAGUACUUUAGUCGCUAUGGAGUUAAAGAUAAAGCCAUAGUCAAAUUCGGCCCUCAAGCAUUCAAGAACCCGUAUGAAUACCUCGGAAAUGAAGAGACCGACAAGACAGUCGCAGAAUAUGUGAAAUACUUUGAUGGCGGCACAAGCGAAAAGUUCAAGGAAUCGAUCCGUAACACUGUGUAUGUGACGCAGAUGGCAGAGACGAUUUGGGGAAAAAGCAACACGGGUUUGUCGCAGUAUGUUGUGUGGAGGUAUAUUGGUACACGCGAUGGCGUAUUUAGGAUGAUGCCAGGGGCAGCUCUUCCGAAGAAUUUUGACGCUACUACUCGGCCAUGGUAUAUCUCUGCCCAAAGCAACAUCGACAAGUUGGCCCUAUCAAAACCUUACGUAGAUGCCGCUGGCGCAGGUUUGGUGAUAACAGCGGCUCAAACUAUCUUCAAAGUAAGGGAAAAUCAGCAUGCCACAGCAGAUGACGUCAUUGCUGUCAUGGGAGCAGAUUUUCCCCUUCCCUACUUUAAGAAAAUUUUGGGAGACACGUACCCGCUCUGUAAAAGUUCGAGCUACACUUGUUUUGUGAUGGACAGAAGCGGAUUCCUGAUUUAUCACGACACCUUUAUGACGUCAUCUAUAACCGCACGUGACUUGAAUCUCGCUCACGUGACCGACAAGGAGAAGCUGGUGGCACAAGACAUGAUCCAAAGAGGUCUUCUUGAACGUAAACAUUGUCGCAACAUGGCGAGCAUAAAGACUGUGAACUUCUAUGAUGUUCGCGUCACUACCGGAGUUGACUACACUGCAACAUAUUUGAGUUGUUCAGCCAAUUACAACAUAUUUCCUAUAAGCGGCAGCAACGCGUUCUUAGGUUUGGUCCGGAAGACUGGGUCUUGUUAUAGCAAUGGGGCGUUGUGUUCAUGCAGCAGUGAUAAGGAGAGGAUGUGUUCAUAUAUCUCACCAGACUGCCAGUGCCCCUGCUCCUCCACACUUGACUUUAACUACUGCGACAGCGAGUAUCCUCUCUCCAACGUCUCAAUUUGCGCUGUCCCUGCCGAGGCGUUACUGACAUCAGAGGAGAAACAAGCUUGUGUUCCGAGAGACCUCCAGAAGUGCUAUGACCCAAAAUGCAGCGAGAAGACCACGGAGGGUGCGUGUGAGGGCGUGGUGGGGUGCAGCUGGUGUGUUCGGGACGGCGACGGAGCAUCUCUUUCUAAUCCAUUCUGCAGCCCUAUUGACGAGUGCUUCGCGGGAACCAAGGGAGCAAAAUCGCCUGGAGCUGGCGAGGGCAAUUACUGUAAGAGCAGUGGUAGCUCUGGACUGUCCGGUGGGGCGAUCGCUGGAAUAAUCAUUGCAGUCAUCAUUGUGCUGAUUACAAUCAUUGUUGGAGUUGUAUUAUACAAAAAGAUCCAUAAAAAGAAGCCAAGCGCCCGACCAAAACCAGCAGAUGUGUCAUCAGCACCACCAAUACAGCCAGCGGUGGAUUUUAAGCCUGGUGUAGCUCCGCCUACAGUGAAUGCUAACGCCCCUUACCCCCCUUACAACCAACAAGCAGCUCCCCCCUACCCAGCCUAUAAUCCACAGUACCUUCCCCCUGGUGAAUACAAUCCAGGUUAUCAGUAAAUCGAUGGACUGCAAUAUAGAUGCAUAAAAGACGCUUUGUAGCUGUACAGUUUGCUAUCGCAAUAUUUUCAGUAAGAAGGUCGCAGUCUUCAGCUAGAAAAGCUUAUCUGGAGGGGGUGUGGUUGGGGUGAGCCUUAUUCUCCCCUUAACAUUCACGCUUUCUUGUUUAUUAUAAGUACGACUUUUCGGUAAACAAGCUAGUUGGCCGCGCUCGAGCGUUUCUUGUUUUCCCGCUUUUUUGACAUCUUUCGGUAAAGUUGAUCGAUAUUCCCACGAAAGCGAAGGUUGAUUUGUUUUCUCGUCGUAAAUUCCUUUAUUGCCAGGGACAUAAAUAAUGAAUGACUUAUUAAAACCUCGCUUUCUCGGUCUUUACGAAUAAAUAUCCGACCUCUGUCUUUUCUGCACUGCCUGCCCUCGGCCUGUGGCUUUGGGCCGUACACAGGUACAAGGCCUCGGUCUGAUAUUUCUCCGUUAAUCUUGUUUUGAAAACUUUUUUCCCUAGUUUCUAGUUUCUGCCCUUAUUAGGGCAUUAAAUAUCAUAUUUGGAAGUUCCCUUUAAUCAUUGUUUUUAUUUUUUGUGUAAGUAGAUAAUUUCCAAGAUUUAACAGGCAGCCAUCUAGAAAAUAGGCCCAUGACCUAACGUUUUAGAACAUCACAGGUUUCCCGCGCGCUUUCACAGGAAAACGACAGCAGCCAUUUUUCUUUUAAAGUUCAAAAUGUAAAUACAGUAGUAAAUAGAAGUUUCCACUCAGCCGCAAGAAAAUAUCCUCAAAUCGCACUCGUUUUGACAUGAGUCGUCAAAAACGUUUUUUUUAUACACCUAUUACAAAUAAGGUUGCACUCGGAGAAUAUGUUUAUCGUAACCGGAAGUGCUUCUUGAGUAUUAUGCACGAGUGAAUUGAAACCACGGCACCCCCGGGACAUAGCAGGGAAAUUAACAUUCAUGUGGUGUGAAAUGUGCGUUACUUUCUAGGCCACCGGGGCCUGUAACGCUGUUAAAACCCCCAAUAGCCCCAGUGUUUUCCGAUAACGUCCCACCAUAGAAAGCCAUACCUUCCUUUGAGCUGCCAUGUUCAGUGAACUAAACUUCGUCGAGGAAAAGCGUAUGCAUGCUACACCCGCUUUCGGGCCCUUUUUAGUAUUUUUAGCACAGGCUACCCCAAAGUUAAAAAUCAACAGACAUCGAUAGAUAGAGAAUAAACUAUAUUUUUAUCAGAGAUUUAGAUUUGCAAGCAAGUAUCUUUGUUAAAAAAUUAUAAUUUGAAUACGCCGUGUAGCGGCUUAGGGGUCCCGUAGGUCGAUUGACCCCUUGUUAGGCCGCAUUGCAUAACAAUAGUGAGGACCGUUUUCCAACUAAAAUCAACAAACGAUCGAUACUGCGGUAUGCGAAGGCGUCGAUGACAAUUUUUCUUUAUUCGCUGAUUACGUAAAAACUGAAAGUAAGAAUUAAAAGUACCAAAUAACUACAAUAAAUUAUGCUAACACUAAAACAAAUAUAUGUGCAAAAGAUGCUAAA